CCGUGUGGGCAGGUUGCUGUGGCCGCCUUCUGCCGGCUGCUGCGCGUCUAGUGGAGAACCGACAAUCUCCAUGUUCCUGGUCGGGCUCCUCAGGCCCGCCCUUCCCGUCACUCCCACUCUCCAACUACCCCACCGCCACGCCGCCGUCCGCCGCCGGAGUCUGAUCGCCGCGGCAGGGAUGGCAGGAGUCACCGCCACCUCCCCCGCCGCCGCACAGAUCGGGGGCUUCCUCUCGAAGAAGCCGUACGUGCCGCCGUCGUGGGCCACGCACCUCUCGCCCGUCCCUUCCCAUACCUUCUCGCUCGGCCAUUUUCCAACACCGAUUCACAAGUGGAAUCUGCCCAAUCUGCCGGAAGGCACGGAAGUAUGGAUCAAGCGAGAUGAUUUGUCCGGCAUGCAGCUGAGCGGCAACAAGGUGCGGAAGCUCGAGUUUCUGAUGGAGGAUGCCGUGGCGCAGAGCGCGGACUGCAUUAUCACCGUUGGUGGUAUCCAGAGCAACCACUGUCGUGCCACGGCAGUGGCUGCGAAGUAUCUGAAUCUUGAUUGCUACCUGAUACUACGUACCUCCAAGCUUCUUGUGGAAAAGGACCCUGGUUUGGUUGGCAAUCUACUUGUCGAGAGAUUGGUGGGGGCACACAUUGAUCUUGUGUCUAAAGAAGAGUAUGGAAAAAUUGGCAGUGUGGCUUUAGCUGAUUUACUGAAAAAGAGGCUAUUGGAAGAAGGGCGGAAGCCAUAUGUGAUUCCUGUCGGUGGAUCAAACUCAUUAGGAACUUGGGGAUAUAUUGAGGCGACAAGGGAGAUUGAGCAACAAAUUCAGCACUCUGCUGACGAUCAGUUUGAUGAUAUUAUUGUUGCAUGUGGCAGUGGUGGAACCAUUGCUGGUCUUGCAUUAGGAUCAAGAUUGAGCAGCUUAAAGGCAAAAGUCCAUGCAUUCUCUGUUUGUGAUGAUCCUGGAUACUUCUAUGACUAUGUUCAAGGUUUGAUUGAUGGACUUAAAUCUGGUUUGGAUUCACGUGAUAUAGUCAGCAUUGAAAGUGCUAAGGGAUUAGGUUAUGCCAUGAACACAGCUGAGGAGCUUAAGUUUGUCAAAGACAUAGCUGCAGCAACAGGCAUUGUCCUUGAUCCAGUCUACAGUGGGAAGGCAGCAUAUGGAAUGUUGAAAGACAUGGCUAGCAAUCCAACAAAGUGGAAAGGGCGGAAAAUCCUGUUUGUCCACACAGGUGGUCUUCUUGGAUUGUGUGAUAAGGUUGACGAGUUGUCAUCUUUGUCUGGGAGCUGGCGCAAAAUGGACCUUGAAGAUUCUAUUCCGCGCAAAGAUGGCACUGCAUUCCAAAGAUAUAGAAGGGACUGUUGACAAGGCCAUGCAAAUAACUUCAGGAAAAUGUGGAGGAAAUCAAUUGGCUGUAUGACAUGCAAAUAAUUCUUUCAUAUGUCAGUCCUCGUACUAAUUCUGCCGGUUGUUUUAUAGUGGGGAGGUCUUUGGCCCGUGGUUUCCCCCGUACAGUCAGGUUUUGCUGAGGUGAACAUUUUUGUGAUGCCAAUAAGGACUUGGUACCGAUUCCUUGCCUUUUCGUUUAGGGAUUCCCUACAGGUUUACACAGGCCUGCACACUGCUUAUAGCCUCAUUGGAUGAAGUAAUGUUUGGAAAACGAUUAAUCUUUAGCGUGAGGUUUAGGCAAACUAUGAUGAAAUCGUAUAUAGACAUGCAAAAUCGACUAAUUUAAGAGUGUACUUUCUUGCUGACUAAUCUGAUAGGUGACGAUGCAAACUUAGAUGGAAAUUCAAGUACUUUCCAAUCAUACUGUUCAGCUCUGUACCUUGUAGCGUGAAAAGUACCAUACGUUGGCAUAGCCAUUGGACCAUUACUAUUGUACUGUAUCUGUUAAUUUAUUUUUAUCUAUGAGAUCAAGCAAUUGAGCACUA